UAACGAUUAAACAUUUUUGCCUAAAGGAUAAAUCGUAGUUAAUGAAAACUGUUGAACUCAUGUCUAAAGUUUUGGUUCAAAAGUUUUAUUUUUAUUUAUAAAGAAUGUCACUUAUAUAUUGCUUUGACUCUGAAAUCUCUGUCAAAGGUGAAUCCAAAGUGACACCAAAUUUUGAAACUAAGAAGUGAGCUAAAAAGUUUAAGUUUUCCUUCAUAAGUGACUGCUCAAUUUUCUUAGACUGAUUUAAGUAGAGUAUCAUGAGCAUUAAUGAUGAUGCUCUUUUAAAUACUUAUCCCUGUGAAAAUUGUGUCUUUAACAUGUUCUCGUGGCAUUUUUCUGUUGAUAGAAGACAUAUGAAGAAGAUCAUAUUUAUGACAUAGAAAAAAAACACUUGUCGGUCCACAAACUCCUCUCCAUUCUGAUGCAUCCACUUUUAGAUAAACAAGGAAAGUACAUUUUUUUAUUUUAUUAUAUUUAUAAGAUCUGAAGAUUAUAGCUUUACCAACAUAGCUUGGCUUCGCUUCAAAUGGGUCCUAGUUUUAUUAGUUCUAGCAUAAUUUAAUUUAUCUAAAUUUUUUUAGAUUCAUACUAUUCUAUCUUUCACUAGCUUUACUAAAUGUGGUCUUUUACAUGCUAACUGAACUGACAGUUUGACUGUCAAAGAUAAUAAAAAAUUUUAUGGUAAAUUUAUUUUUGUUUUUAUGGUUUCUCGUCUCUCCUCCAAAGCAGCUCCAUUUUACUUUCCCCUCACUGCCCUCUUUUUUCCUUUAUGUUUCCGAGCGAUCUGAGUCCACCUCGUUCAUCUUUGUAGCAAAGAACAGUAUCAGCCAGAGUGCAGCUGUAGCUGCUGACAACAGCUCUUCAGUGAGGGGGGUAUUUGCAUUGAGGGGCUUGUUUGGAGCCAACACAGCUCUUGCUUUUAUGUCCCUUUGAUCAAAAGGAAAAGGAGACGUCUGAUGGUUAAACACAGGUGUACAGUGGAUAAGAGAGGCCUGUAUUGAUUUCUGGUUGCUCAGAUGUUGACAUUUGUUGUAAUAUUUGUAUGUUUGUCGUUGAGCUUUUGAGUGCACAAUCUUUUGGUUUCUGAUGUCUUUUUUGUGGAACCUUUUUUGAGAGUCGGACAGAAGUGUCUUGCUUUAUGCCGGAGAGGAGGAGAUCCGGGGAGAUGCCCAGGACAGAUGUCUCCAUGACGACAAGUGGGAACAAACCUUGCGGCAUUCCUUAGAAAGAAUGCAGGUCUCCUUCUCGGCACGGCGGGGUUAAAAUUUCAAUUUGAUGCUUUGAAGCUCUUCAGUUUGGUAGACAGGAGGCUGUGGCGGAUAAGGUUUCUCUUAGUUAGUCAGUCUAUAACAGUCUUUUGUAUCCAAAGGCUAACUAUGCUAACAAGGUUGACAUUGUUUAAAGUGUCUAAGAUGAUGCUUAAAAGGAUCCCAAGUCAAAGACAAUGUUUAUAAUCUUUUAUUUUGAACUAUCUUUUUUCCCAUCAUGUCAUUUUUCGUAUCCCAUCAUUCACCUCCCUCCAUGAAGGUUAUGAUGGUCGAUGUUGUGUCGCCGCGAACAAUGCCAUCAGAGUCGGAGGUUCACGUUGCGAGAAGCUUUCUCAACAAGAUUUUGCGAAGCUCCAUGAGGAGGAACCGUUUCAAAGGGAAAAAUGAAGCUGUAUCCCGGCCACACUCCUGGCACUCCUCCAAGUUGACAGAGGAGGAGUCUGAGCCGGCCCGGUCCGAGGCUAACCCGGCGCCGAUCUGGCAGCCAAAACAUGAAGCAAGAUCCAAAGAGACGUUCACUCCAGCAGACCAGAGCCCUGUACAUCAAGACAGCAGCCCCACCAGCUCAGUGAACAGUAUGGAAAGGGUGGAGUGCCCCGCCCAUCUGUUCCCCCCGGGUCAUUUAUCGCCGCCUAAAUACGGCAGCGCCGAGCCGCUCGGCGGCGCUCGACGAGACUCACCGUUCAGCUGCUUCUCCAGCGGCUCCAGCCCCCCCAUCAAUGACUCCAGCUCGGCAGGACGGAGAGGGACCAGCACGGAGAGCAUCUUCUUUAAGGGCUUUCAGGGCGACGGGGCAGAGCCCGGCGACCGGCUUAGGGUCUUGCAUUCGGCAGGUUGGAAUGGAUCACGGGGAGAGGGGCAGCCCGCCUGCAGAGUCUCAUUUGCAGGGAGGCCUGGCGGGGCUCCCGUCUGGCAGGCACCUAAGAAAAAGGCGUCCCAGCCCCCCCCGCCUCCGGCCCCGCCCCUGCGGAGCGACAGCUUCGCCGCCACAAAGGUGUUUCCGUACUCGGACGGCCCCUCAGGUGCCCCACAGAGUGGCAGGUCAUUAGGAAAACCGCCUGAAAGCAGCCAGCGGCGGCCAAGCAAGCUCUUCUCUCUGUCAAGCAGUGACGUCCGACAAUCCCACUACGCCGUGCCCCCCGCCCACCAGAGGCAGCACAGCGACGAAAGCCCCUUCUACCUGCAGGCCCGGGCAGCGCCGCCCACAAGGAUCCAGAGCGUAGGAAGCUACUACCGCAGCCUGCAGGACCUGCCCGCCAACGCUUUCAGCCGCAGACAGGGCCGCCACUCAGCCGCCACCACAAACCCCAGCCAGGAGAGCGGGGGGGUCAGCAGAUACUACGGUACUGCAGCCAAACAGGCCGCAGAGCUGAAGGCCAGGCAGGGCUGCAGCUCCGCCCCCUGGAUGAACAGCAGUAAUAGCGUCCUGCCCGCUUCCCUGAAGACAAAGGCGAAGUUCUCCGCACCUCCAACAGCCUACGGUGAAAAGAAGGAUCACAGUGGUGGUCUGACCUAUGAGUUCUCCGCCCGUGACACUAAUGACCCUCUGAAGAGGGGGGAGGGCCCCUCUAGCGAUGUGAAAAGACUCUUUCAGAGCAGCAACCAUAAGGCGGCUUCUUCACAGCACCAGGACCCGUGGCUCCCUCACGAAGACCAGCGGAUCUCCUCCCUGAAAACGCCCCUGCUCCACUCCCUAACCCAGGAGAGCUGGAGUCUGACGGCCGCUGCUCCUGCCGCCGUGCCGGCGCAGGACGCCGGCAGUGGGAAAGUCAACCGCCGCAGUGACCGUUAUGCCACCACGCUCCGCAAGGAGAUCCAACAGAAGCGAGCACAGCUACAGAAGAGUCGCAGCGCUGCAACACUGACCUGUGAGCCCGACGAGGAUGAGCCAGAGGAGUGGAGGUCCGUGGAACUUUCCGCAUCCUCCGGUGCCUCCUCCUACAAGGACCACCUGAAAGAGGCGCAGGCCAGGGUCCUCCAGGCCACCUCCUUCCAAAGGCGAGACCUGGAGCCGCUGGGAGCAGACGUCCUGAAGGUCUCCAACGGACGCUUUCGAGGGCGAAAGCGCUUCCACCCGGCAAAGAGGACUCACUCCUUCUCAGAGCCCGACAAGAUGGACAAAGUCGGGGUGGAAGGAGGGCCACAGAUGGGCUCAGAGGAUGAAGGGAAGGUCUUCCAGGCUAAGCCCACCUUUGCCAGACCGGCGCCAAAGCCCGCCCCCACGGACUCUAACCAGACGCACCAAACCCAAGAGAAGGGCCUUUCCAAUGACGACAUCCACCUGAGUCCCGGACGGAGCCCCGCAUCACUGGAGCAGCAGAGACUCGGGACCUUCGCAGAGUACCAGGCCACCUGGAACAAGCAGAAGAAGACGGCGGAGGCCAAAACUCCAGGAAAGUUUCACUCGGCGGAAAACAUCUUAGACGCAGGAGCCGACGAGACACCUGUGUGCGUCCACGAGAGGUCCAGAUCCUCGCCAUCUGCAGACUUCUACCCUCAGAAGAUUUCAUCUCCAUGGAGAGAUCCAGAAGACCAGGAAAGCACUUCAACCAGCAGGGAGAAGCUGGAGAGCCGACAGUCGGUUCCUGCGGUCUCCAGGAACCCGGGCCCCGACCACAGGACCAAAGCAGACCCUGCCAGCGCCUCCCAAACCGCACCCUCCCCCGGCCCUCGGAGCAUCAGCCCCAGCAGCAGCAGCAGCAGUCUCCUGCUGCCUCCUGCGCUCCCUUUAGGUCCAGAAACCACUUCCUCCUGUCAGGAAUUCCCCACUGGCUCCCGGUCAGAUCCGACGGCGCUCCAGACUCUGCCCCGCUCCGGUUCUGACUCCCAUGUCGACGCCCAGCCGUCCCCCAGCGCUCCCGCCCCAGCCCCGGCCCGCUUCCCUCAUCGCUGCGCGGCAGCCGGGCCGGACGCCGAAGGGGAGUCGGAGCAGCAGCCCUCCCUCUCCCCUCCUUCCUCGUCACCUCCGCCCGCCGCUCUGCCUCUCCCCGAAUCCAAUCCAGCUCGCUCCCCUUCGCCACAGUUCAUGCCGGCGAGGCUGACCGACAAACCGCCGACCGUGCAGGAUGAGUCGCAGCUCAGGUGGGAUAAAGAAUCUCGGUUUCCAGCAGCAAUGGAGGCUAAUAGUCUGGUGAGGAAAGUCCCCGUGAGGAUCAUCCGCAGUGAGAACGGCGCCGGAGGUUCUGUCGGGUCGCUGUCCCACGCCCCGCUUUCAGACGCCACGGUGAACUCCGACGCAUCUCUGUUCAGCGCCGUCGCCCGCCAAGCAGCAGGCGACCCGGAACAACCCUCCAACCAGGAGGGCAGGCCAGCCGGCCCCGUGGAGGAGGAGGACGCAAAAAGGGAGGAGUUGGCGAAGGACAUCAUGGGUAAAGACAAGUCUUUGGUGGACAUCCUGGACCAGAGCGGCAGAAAGACCACCAUGGACUUGAUGGAGGGGCUUUUUCCACCGGAGGAGAAGAUCCUGGAGGGAGCCCAGCAGAGGAGGAGAGCAUCUGCGGGAUCCAGACUCCCCACAUCUGCCCCCAGGAGCUCGGACAGGAGAGAGGAAGACGAGCUGUCUUCAUCAGCCGUGGCCUCCCUUGUGCCCAGCUCCUCCUACUACAACACCUCCGCUCCAAAGGCGGAGCUCCUCAUCAAGAUGAAGGGCAUGCAGGAGCAGCUGGAGGAGCAGGACUCCGAGGACGAGCUGGACAUCGACCUGGCCGGCAAGAAGCAAGAGCUGAUCCUGAGUCUGGCCAGGAAGUUGGAGGUGCUGCGGGAGGCGCGGCAGAGCCUGCAGGAGGACGUGGAGGACAACGAGGCGCUGGGCCGGGAUGUGGAGGCCACCGUGCAGCACCUCUGCCAGCCCAACCAGCUGGACAAGUUCCGCAUGUUUGUGGGCGACCUGGACAAGGUGGUGAGCCUGCUGCUGUCGCUGUCAGGCCGACUCGCCCGGGUGGAGAACGCCCUCAACAGCCUGGAGGACGAAGCGCCGCCAGAGGAGAAGCGAACGCUGACGGAGAAACACAAGCUCCUCAUGAGGCAGCACGAGGACGCCAAGGAGCUGAAGGAGAACCUGGACCGCAGGGAGCGGCUGGUGACCGGCGUCAUGGAGGCCCACUUGAACGCAGAGCAUCUGGACGACUACAAACACUUCGUCAAGAUGAAGUCGGCGCUCAUCAUCGAGCAGCGCAAGCUGGAGGACAAGAUCAAGCUGGGCGAGGAGCAGCUCAAGUGCCUGCUGGAGAGUCUGCCGCUGGAGCAGAGGCCGCCGUUCUGACCCCAACCGCUGCUGCUGCCUCCGUUUUACCAAAACGUAUUUUUGCAAUAGGAACUGAAGACUCCCCGCCCCUUUGAUCAAGCCCCGCCCACCAGGAAGUCGCAGAAAGACGAGCGAAAGCGGGGCUCCUCCUCUGACUUCAUAUCUCAUGAGAACACGGCUGCUGUUGAUCCACAAUGACAGGAAGUAAGAAAAUAAGAGUCAAAGACUAUUUUCCAGAGAAUCAUUGAGAAGCUUUUUGGUUGGUCAAAACAGAAUUCGUCACAUGCGUUUUUCUUUGUUUACUUACAAAAAUAAGCAUAAAAUUCAGUUUACGAGUUGAAGCCUCAUUCCUCCGAGAUCAAACAAAAUCCUGCUAAAGAUGGGAAAUCAAACGCUCUCCUGCAUUUUGUGUUGAUCGUUCCUGUCGGACUAUAACCUCCUGCUAUAAGCGAACGGUUUAUUUAUGACAAGUUGGAAUAUUUUCUAGUAAUUUAUUGUAGCUACAUUUUUUUCGACGGCCUCUUUAAUAAAGAGACAGAAUAUCUGUGCGUUCCGGCUUCCUUUGAGGUGUUUGGCUCUGACCUGUCAGAAUAAAAGCUGGAUCUGAUCCUGUAACUGGAUUUCUUUGCUGAAUUGUGUCAGUAUUUGUUGGGACUUGGAAGUCGCACACUGCGUUGGUUUCUGCUUCACUUUUGAAAACAUUUUCAGGUGUUAAUGAUUUUAUUUUCCGUGGACUAAAGGAAGCGUUUCUGUUCUCUCUCGCAGAAUUAAAACUAUUUAAAAAUG